UCUGCAAGACUUCUGGAUUAUCUAAAUGGAUUUUUUGCUUGACACGGAUCAUAUAGAAAAAAUGUAAUAUUCCCUGGAUUCCAGGCAGGACAUUUUUCCUUAUUUGACGCAGUGAGCGCUUUCUGGUCUCAACGUUAUCUUAGGAAUGAACUGAAAUCCUGGAAUUGGGAAUAUCAAGGAACAAUGAACUUACAUUAUUGUACAGUAAAAGGAUUAUGGGAAUUAUUUAUUGCGGAGCGUGCAUAACCAGGAGGAGGAAUAAAAUCACCUAGAGGAAGAGCAUCUGUAAUAGAAGAAUAUUCAUCCCGCGGCUGGUGGCGGGCACUAGCUCUUGCGUCAUGUUUCUGGUGGUAAUUCUUCUCUGUGCCUCUGUUCCUACCACAGAUGGACAAACCAUAGUCUCCCAGAUUAUGCCAUAUUAUGGCAGCAUCAACGGAGCAACAAGACUUACAAUCAAAGGACAAGGUUUUGCAGAAGCCAAUCAGUUCAACUAUGGAGAUGGAAACACAAACCUGGGGAACAGCGUCCAGCUUGUUUCAUCGACCCUUUCAUUCCCUUGUGAUGUGGAGAAAGAUGCCAGUCACGCCACACAGAUCACCUGCUAUACCAGACCGAUGCCAGCUGGUUAUUACAUGGUGAGAGUGAGUGUUGACGGCAUUCCUGUGGAUCUCAAAAACAUCUGCAGUGGAAACUACCAGGCCUGGUGGUGUAUGCUCCAGACAGUAUGGUGGGCCACUCCAACAAUCAGCAGUAUAACACCAUUGUCUGGACUUCCGGGAUCUUUGAUCACAAUCACAGGCCAAAUCUAUACCGAUGUAUACGGCAGUAAUACUGCUUUAAGUUCUAAUGGAAAAAAUGUCAGAGUUCUCAGGGCCUAUGCUGGAGGAAUGCCAUGUGACCUACUCACACCUAAUUCUGAUAAUCCUAUUACACUGUACGGGUUGGCGCUAGAUAAUGCAAACAGUGAUCAGGGCCACAUGAUCUGCAAAAAUACAGGGACAUAUGUCGGACAUCUCAAUAUGAGUUUUAUCCUGGACAGUAAUUAUGGAAGGAGUUUACCAGACUUGUCCACAAAUUUUGUGUCUUCUGUGAAUAAACUCACCAUGUACCAGUCGUAUGCAGAGAUUACAGGGAUCUUCCCCUCGUCUGGAGGUAUACAAGGAGGUACAAUAAUCACAAUAUCUGGGAGAUACUUCGAUCAAACAGACGCUCCAGCCAAAGUCCUUGUAGGAGGACAGGAAUGCCAAAUUCUUGGAUUAACAGAUACAACAAUAACUUGUAGGAGUCCAUCGCAGCCGUCUGUUCUGCCUUCUCUCUUUCCAGGAAGCCGAGGACUAAAAGUAGAGCGGUGGAACGUCAGUAUGGCACUGACUGAUGCCCUAAAAUGGAAUGAAAACUCCACUGGAUAUGCCGGUUUUUCUUGGUAUGAUGGUGUAUCCAUUUCUUGGCCUUCUGAGACCAAUGCCUUUGUCGCUCGGCUCAGUGGAUUCUUUGUGCCUCCAGAAACAGAUUAUUACAAUUUCUACAUAAAGGGAGAUGAUAAUACUGCUCUGUACUUCAAUGAAUCUGGUGAUCCAACAGGAAAGGUGAAGAUAGCUUAUAGCUCCUACACAACUUCUUACCUAUGGUAUUCUAAUCAGAAGUCCAAGACUUUUUACCUCCAGGCCGGCAAGCCAUGUUACAUUGAAGCAUAUGUGCAAAAUGUGCGGUCAGUGGCAGCACUUGAUGUUGGUUUAUACAGUCGGAAGAGUUCAUACAUAGAACAGCAGACACCUGACGCAGUGAAUGAAGUACAGAAUAUACAGUCACAGAGUGCUAACAUCUUAGAAACACAGGUUAUAACUCUGCAGAACUGGAACACAACCCAACAAGCAAUACAGGAGGUUCAGAAAAUCACUGUUACCAAAGACUGUAUUGUACCAUGUCCUGCUAUGUAUUACAGACUUAUCUAUGGCAAUGAAGGAACAGAUCUACUUUCCGCUGAUGCGACCGCUCUAGACAUACAAGCAGCAUUAAAUAAUUUUCGGUCUAUACAGCCAGAUACAGUCAGUGUUCAACAGGCAUCUACGGAUACAGAAAAUGUCUAUAAUGUGACCUUCAAUUCACAAAGAGGUGAUUUCCAACUUCUUUCCUAUGAAAUUCUGGAGGGAAGUAACAUGACGGUGGAUAUUGUAGAGAUAACGAAAGGUGUUCCUGACAUGAAGACCUUCACCUUUGUGUGGGAUAAUGUAUAUUCCCCAGCUCUGGCAGUAAACGCGUCUUCUGUAGAGGUGCAAAACGCAGUGUUUGAAAUCCUAAGCGCACAGUGUCCGGAUGCAGUUGCCAAACAGAAGGAAAGUGUAUCGGUCAAGUAUUUCAGGAACUAUGAAACAGAUUUCACCUCGUCUUCUUACAGGGGCACGGUGACUGGUGAGACUGAAGCAUUCUGUGGUCGAUAUUCCUUGAAGAAUCCACAAGUGCUGUAUGAUUAUAGUGAACUGAAGCCAGGAACUCUAUCUGAAUAUGGUUAUAUUUCCCUCACUAUAUAUAACAAGCUUUGUUUUGCCUAUAAAGGAUACCUUUCAAAUACAAUUGCUCUAAAUUUCCAAUAUGAAGACAGCUCAAGUCUAGGGACCGUCUCAAGCAUAAACGAUAAUUUCGGCUAUACCUUUGCUCAGGGGAACAGCUGGACAUAUACUUGUAUAGAUUUGCUGCAACUUGUUAAAACCAAAUACUCGGGCAGAAAUUUCAAAGUGCUGUACAUCAACCUAAUGUCAAGCCAAGAGUAUUAUUUGGACGUCCUGUACAUUGGUCAGAUCUUAACUACAAAUGGUCCAAUUGUGAAUAGGAGGAGACCUGCUUUGUCAGAAAAUGGAGUCUUCAUCCAGGAUGUCAGUGUGACCAAAUCUGUUGUCACCUCUGAAAGCCAGUAUACCAUUACUAUUACCCCAUAUAACUGUGGGUACAAUUUUCCACUUUUUGCGCCUGCAUUUUCAGAGAAAGUUUUCAAUAGCUCAAAUUCAGCAAUCUAUUCCAUAUCCCCUGCAACACAAAAUGUAUCAGUCCAGAUAAACAGAACCCAGGUGGCAUCCCCUCCCAUUGGAGGAACAUUCGGUAUUCAAGCUUAUGGAAGACAGAUAAAUGAUCUUGCUGUAGACAGCUCAACUGCUGAUCUACAAUACGCAUUAGAGGGAAUUCCAGAACUAGGCCAAGUUUCCGUACUUUCAAGAAAUGGAGACUGCAGAGGAUACACAUGGCAAGUAAAGUUCUUAACAGCUGCAGGAUACCAGCCACUGCUACAGGUAAAUGAUUCCAAGGUAACUGGUAUUCAAGCCUCAGUGUCCACAGUAAAGGUAACCAGCGGAGGAUUGUUUCGUCAACACCUGCUUGGAGAUCUUGUGAGAACAUUAAACAAAAUGCCACAGGUUGAAGUCUACAUAAAUGGGAUUCCUUCAAAGUGUUCUGGAAACUGUGACUACACCUGGGAUGCAAAACAAACACCAGUUAUCUAUUCCAUCAAUACAGUUGUUAGUGGAGAAAAUGAAUUACUGAAAAUAAAUGGGACUGGAUUUUCUGGCAAUACCAGCAAUGACACAACCUAUGUGACAAUUGGAAAUCUCACUUGCACCAUUCUUGCCAUCACUGAUAAUGAGAUACAAUGUCAGGUUCCAAAAGCAAGUGCUGGAAUAUUCCCCAUCUCUGUAUACAUUGCUGGACUCGGAUACGCAAUAUCACAAGGAGGAAACUUGACUUUUACCUACCAUAUUAUUGUCUCUUCAAUCAUACCAUCGUCUGGAAGCCUUGCAGGCGGCACAUUAGUAACAAUUCAUGGCUCUGGAUUUAGUAAGAGCUCAGCAGUAGAACUUGGUGACAGUAAAUGUGUUGUGGUCUUUGCCAAUCUAAGCGUGGUCAACUGCCUCACCUCUGCGGGAGCAGAAGGCUUUGCUGAUGUCACUGUUUUCACAAAUGGAUUUAAUGAAACUUUACAUGAUGCCUUCAAUUUUACCUCUACCUCUGCACCAACCAUCACAGAAAUCAACCCAAGUACCAGUAGUGUUUUGGGUAAUAUAACCCUGACUAUUUCAGGCUCUGACUUCCAGAAUGAGUCAGUGGACAAUGCUGUGUCUCUUGGGAAUAAACCAUGUCAGCUCUUGGAGUGGACUCCAACUAAAAUAAUGUGUCUUCUGCCUGCACUUCCUCCUGGGAAGUACAAUGUCCUUGUGAAAGUUGGAAACUGGGGAUUUGCAAUAUCCAGCUUGACCAAUGAAACAUCAGUUGAAUAUAUUCUGGAAGUGAACAGCAUUGUUCCACAGUAUGGAUCCCUGUAUGGAGGUUCUCGAGUCACACUGACCGGAUCUGGGUUCAGUGUUGUCCCAAAUGAAAAUAAAGUAAAAAUAGGCUCCCUCCCAUGUGGUGUCUCUGUCAGUUCAGCCAAGGAGUUGAUCUGUGUGAUCCAAAAACCUGGAACAGUCUAUACGGUAACAAAUCAGGGAGUAGAUUCAGUGCGUGGCCUUGGUUAUGAGUGGUCACCAUCAAGCCUGGUGAUAUCUACUGGAGACACUGUGGUUUGGAGCUGGCAAGUCCUUCCUUUUAUUACGGGUAUUGGAUACAGAGUGUUCUCCGUGUCAGAUCCUGCCAACUCUACCUAUGAUGGCAUUUCCUUUAACAGUGGGGUUCGUGUACCCUCAGGUGUCUUCCAAUAUCAGUUCACAUCUCCGGGUAUUUAUUACUUCAGCAGCGGCUAUCUUGAUGAUGGACAGACAAUACUUAUGCAAGGAGUAAUCACUGUAAUCCCCAUCAGUGACCAGUACAGCCCAGUGAAUGUGUCUAUUGGGGGACUGGAGGCCACCUAUGCUUCUGCUUCGCUUCCCACCACACCACCAAGUGGAUGUGUCACACCUGAUCCGGAGUGCCCACAAUUCACCUUCUCACCUCCCAGUAACACGUCUAUAUGGUUUAGAUACUCAGGAUGUUAUUCUCCAGUUAUUACCAGCAUUACACCAAACUUCGGAACAAUCCAUGAUGCCAUUACCAUUAGGGGAACCGGAUUCAGUAACAUUACUUGUGCCAACCAGGUUUCAGUUGGCGCCUAUCCUUGCGUUGUUUCUUCUGCUGAUAAAAAUUCAAUAACAUGUAAGGUGGAUCCUCAGGACUCAAUGGAAAUUGGAGUUGCAGAAUUGGUGUCACUUACAGUAAACAACCUGGGCAAUGCCAUUAACACCUUAAGGAAUGAGAUGGACAGGCGAUUCGCCCUGCUACCCCAUAUUGACUCUGUCUCACCAACCAAUGGAUCAGUUACAGGAUCUACCAGACUUACCAUACACGGGUCCGGCUUUGUGAACAUAAAUAGCAGCAUCACUGUGUCUGGGUUAGGUUGUGACAUUGUAUCUGUAAAUUACACAGAUAUUAUAUGUGAUACUCAACCUAGUUAUUCACACAGCGUUGCUGUUGGGGUAAAAGUGAUGGGAAUCUCUGCCCAGUGUCUACAAUCCUGCAGCUUCACCUAUUCUAGUGCACCCACACCAGAAGUAUCCAGCGUUUCCCCGACUGUAGUCCGAAACUCCACCACAAUCUACAUCAAUGGACUUGGCUUUGGGGAUAUUGCUAAUGAUGUAACUGUUUAUGUCAGUGACAUAGAAUUAGAUGUAGUAGCUAUCAAUGACACAGAUAUAACGUGCAACAUAGACCCCAUUCCUGCCGGAAACUAUUUCGUCAAAGUUAUUGUGAGAAGUAAAGGCUUGGCUACUGGGGCUUUCACUGUGAAUAGUCCUGCUGAAGCCACUCUCUUGACACCUACUGGAAGUUUGUUAGGUGGAACUCUUCUUCUCAUACAAGGAAAUGGAUUUCAUCCUUCUAACACCACUGUGCAGGUUGGUGGUGCACCAUGUCAGGUUACCGCAGUAACUUCUUAUAGUAUCCGGUGCAUUACCCCUCCCAACACCACUGCUAAAUCUGUUGCCGUGAUAAUACGUGUGCCAUCUGCUUCUUACCCAUCGCUCACUUUCUCCUACUCAGAGGCCGAAACCCCAGUUAUAACUUCAAUUCUUCCAACCACAGGAAUACCAGGAACCACAAUCACAUUGACGGGUUCUAGUUUUGGUUUGGAUGCCUCUAAAUUGACAGUGACCAUUGGCAAUGCCACGUGCUCCAUCACAUCAGCAUCUGACAGUCAGCUAAACUGCACUGUAGGACAAUACUGGGGCGGCACAUUCCCUGUUACGUUGCAAAAUGAGAAGGGAUUUGCAAAAUCCGGCGCAAGGUUUACCUAUGACCUUAGUAUGACUGGGGUCUCUCCAAAUGAAGGCAGUUUUGGUGGAGGAUUAACUCUUACAAUCUCUGGCUCCGGAUUUGAUAACCAGCAGUCCAAGGUGUUUGUGUGCAAUUCGGAAUGCAAAGUGAUCCAACAGAGAUCAGAUACAGGUUUUCUGUAUUGUGAAGUGCCCAUGUGGAAUGAUACUAAUACCACUUCCAAAAGCUGUAACGUCACUGUGAUGAAUGGAGUUGAGUAUGUUCAGAUCAGUAACUCCUUUACAUACUCCUCCGCAUUAACCCCUGUUAUAUAUGACAUCGCCCCCAAGAGAGGAGGCACUGCUGGCGGAACCAGACUCACAAUCACCGGAUCCCAGUUCAGCUCUAACAUCUCAGCGAUCACUGUCACCGUAGCACAGGCCAUAUGUGAUGUCCAGUCAGCUAACAGCACAAGCAUUGUAUGUAUAACCAAUGCACAGUCUCCUUCACAAAGAACCAAAGUCAUGGUAUACAUUGACGGCCAAGGAAUUGCUAAGAUGGACAAUGCAGACUUUUUCUACAUCGAUGUCUGGUCUUCUAAAUACACCUGGGGAGGAGAAUCUCCACCAGAUGAGGGGUCCUUGGCGGUUAUCACAGCAGGGCAGACAAUAUUGCUGGAUGUUAGUACACCAGUAUUGAAGAUGUUGCUGAUUCAAGGAGGAACUCUGGUGUUUGAUGAAGCUGAUAUAGAGCUGCAGUCGGAGAACAUCCUCAUUACAGAUGGAGGCACUCUACAGAUUGGAACUGAGGAGGCUCCAUUCCAGCACAAAGCAAUAAUCACUCUUCAUGGCCAUUUGCGUUCUCCAGAAUUACCACUGUAUGGGGCUAAGACGUUAGCAGUGAGGCAAGGCAUUCUGGAUCUUCAUGGCAUUCCCGUGCCUGUCACAUGGACCAGACUUGCUCAGACAGCUGAGUCAGGGAGCUCCAACCUAAUUCUACAGCACAACGUGACUUGGAAAGCUGGAGAUGAAAUAGUGAUUGCAUCAACAGGUGACAGACUGAGUCAAAGUCAAAAUGAGAAGCGGACUAUACAGUCUGUAUCUGCAGACGGCAAAACCAUCACCCUAACCAAGCCAUUACAGUACAAACAUUUGGGGAUCUCAGUCACUCUACCCGAUGGCACUGUUUUUGAGGCCAGAGCAGAAGUAGGUCUGCUUACAAGAAACAUCCUUAUCCGAGGGUCCACCAAUGUGGAAUGGAGUGACACAAUACCAGCCUGUCCUGAUGGAUUUGAUCCUGGUGAAUUUGCCACACAGACGUGUUUCCAGGGACGAUUUGGUGAGGAAGUAGGAAGUGAUCAAUUUGGGGGAUGUAUAAUGUUCCAUGCCCCACAACCUGGUAAACUUCUGUCCAUUGGAAGAAUAGAAUAUGUGGAGGUUUUCCAUGCAGGACAAGCUUUCAGGUUAGGCCGGUAUCCAAUACAUUGGCAUUUAAUGGGUGACGUCCAGUAUAAAUCCUAUGUACGAGGUUGUGGGAUUCAUCAAACUUACAACAGAGCAGUGACCAUUCACAACACUCACAACCUGCUUGUAGAAAAGAACGUCAUCUAUGAUAUCAUGGGAGGGGCGUUCUUUAUUGAAGAUGGCAUUGAGCAUGGAAAUAUACUCCAACACAACUUGGCUGUAUUUGUUCGGCAAAGUACCAGCUUGCUCAAUGAUGACAUUACCCCAGCAGCUUUUUGGGUUACUAAUCCAAAUAAUACAAUAAGGCAUAAUGCUGCUGCCGGUGGAACACACUUUGGUUUUUGGUACAGGAUGCAUGAUAACCCAGAUGGACCUUCCUAUGACCCUAAUAUUUGCCAGGUCAAAGUGCCAUUGGGAGAGUUCUACAAUAACACUGUUCACUCUCAGGGAUGGUUUGGCAUUUGGAUUUUUCAAAAUUACUUUCCAAUGGCCAUGAAAGAUCAGAGUCAAUCUUGUUCUGCUUCUACACCAUCCCCGGCUAUUUUUAAAUCUUUGACCACAUGGAAUUGUCAGAAAGGAGCCGAAUGGGUCAAUGGAGGUGCUAUCCAGUUCCAUAACUUCUCCAUGAUCAAUAAUGAGGACUCAGGCAUAGAAACCAAAAGAGUUGUUUCAGGUUAUGUUGGUGGAUGGGGAGAGACCUAUGGAGCUGUCCUCAAAAGUGCUAUAAUUGUGGGACACCUGGAUGAACUAGGACUUGGCCCUAACUUCUGCACUGCUCAAGGCAUCACCCUCCCAUUUGAUGAAGGACUCACUGUUUCAUCUGUAAAGUUCAUGAACUUCGACCGACCAAACUGUGCAGCCAUUGCUGUUACAUCUAUUGCUGGGUUGUGUACUGACAGAUGUGGAGGCUGGAGUGCAAAAUUUAAUGGAAUACAAUACUUCAACUCACCCAACAAGGCAGGAUUUAGAUGGGAACAUGAAGUUGUUCUAAUUGAUACAGACGGGACACUAACAGGAAAAAUAGGAGCAAAGGUGGUACCAGGAAGUGGGCUACUUGAUCCUUCCCAGUGCAGCCAAGGAAGUGACUGGAGUGCUGGGUUCCCUGGAUACAUCUGCAAUUCCUCCAUCAGCUUCCACAGAUUGGCUUUUAAUAACCCAUCUCCUUCUAGCCUUCUUGGAAAGGAUGUCAUUAUUUCCAAUUCCUUUGGCUCCAGCGUUGUACCUUACCUUCCAAAACGCUUGACACAUCCAAAGGGAUGGAUGGCCUUGUUACCCAAUGCAAAUUCCUACAACUGGUAUUUCAGCAAUGUUGAUUUCAUCACAAACAUCUCCUACGCAUCUACCUUCUAUGGAUUUAAGAGUGAGGACUACGUGCUGAUAUCCCACAACUUUACUCAGAAGCCUGACAUGUUCAAAAUAAUUGAUAUUCGCAAUGGAUCCAAUACAAAUUUGAGUUGGGCCAAUAACAGCAAUGGAGAUUGGUACUUUAGCGAUAACACAACUACACUAACAUAUCUAGUGUCUGGAAAACGCAAAGUUCAGAGACGUUCCGUGGCUGGGAUGCUGGACACAACCAUGUCAAACACCAAUGUAAACCUGGUGGUCUACCAAUGCUAUUUUACAAACUGUAUUCCACCCCCUCCUGCAACCCAAGCCCCAGCCAACAAUACUAAAAGUUUAUGGUCUGAUAAUUCCUUCUGGCAAUCAUCCCCAGAAAACAAUAAUACUGUCCCAAAAGAAGGAUCCAAUGUUGUGAUCCCAGCAGGCAUGUGGGUUAUGGCUGAUGUAGAAAUCCCAUCUCUGUAUAAACUUACUAUUUAUGGUACAUUGGAACUUAGAAAUCUCACUGACAACUCUACAGCCCGGUCUGCACCCACCUUCAAAACAACUGUGCUCAGUGCUGUAUACAUUUUCAUAAAGGGUGGGAGAUUGAUAGGAGGAACAGAGGCGGACCCAUUCCAAGGAGAAUUACAGAUUAUACUUAAAGGAAAUCAUUUAACCCCAGAUUUUGUUUUGCCAAAUGGACCAAACCAAGGCUCAAAGGUUUUAGGAGUGUUUGGUCAGCUGGAUCUACAUGGACUUCCUCGCUCUGUAUAUAGAACGAAGCUGGCAAAAACAGCAUUAACGGGAUCACAGUUCAUCACAGUCUCACAGCCAGUAGACUGGAAGGUUGGAGAAGAAAUUCUGAUCACUACAACCAGUUAUAAUGCCUGGCAGAUGGAGACCAGGAAAAUAAUGAAUGUAUCUGCUGACCAGAUGACCCUCACUCUAAAUGUGUCCCUCAACUUCAACCACUCUGCCAACACCUAUCAAGUACCAAACACGACCCUAAAUUACACUCUGGCAGCUGAUGUUGCUUUACUGACAAGGAAUAUUAAGAUCAUUGGUGAGGACUACCCUGGUUGGUACAGUGAAUCAUUUGGAGCCAGAGUUCUUGUCAGCACAUUUACAGACAUUUAUGAAUAUCAAGGUAGAGCAAGGAUUGAAAAUGUGGAAUUUUACCAUAGUGGACAAGAAGGUUACAGAGAUCCCAUAGACCCACGAUACUCAUUGGCUUUUCUCAAUCUUGGAGAGAUAUCAUCAAAUGAAUCCUAUGUUAGAGGAUGUGCCUUCCACAAUGGAUUUUCCCCAGCUAUCGGUGUGUUUUACACGAAUGGACUCGACAUUGAUGACAAUGUUAUUUACUUCACUGUUGGAGAAGGGAUCAGAGUACUGGGAGAACGUGUAAAUAUAAGAAGAAAUCUGGUUGCUCUGGCUGUUUGGCCUGGGACAUACCAAGGCCGUUUGGAAGUAAACAAUGAGCUGUGGCAUGGUGGAAUAACGGUCAAUGAAGGAACUGACAUUGUCCUGCAGAAUAACAUUGUUACUGGGUUUGAAAGAGCUGGAUAUCGUAUUGAUGGAGAAUCUUGCCUAAAUGUCACUAAUCCCAGUCAACGGUGGUUAAACAAUGAAGCCUAUGGUGGGUUAUAUGGUAUCUUUAUGAAUGAAUACGGGCUCCCCGACUGUACACUAAUAAGAGGAUUCAAAUUAUGGAAAUGCUGGGAUUACGGCAUCUACGUCCAGAUCGUAUCCUCAGUGCAGAUUUCUGAUGUGUUUCUAGCAGACAAUGGAAUGGGUAUAUUUACUAUAAUAUACACACCCCCAUCAGUCACUCACCAGACAUCUGACAAAACAGUCCAGAUCUCGAAAUCUGUGAUGGUGGGAUCCAGUCCAGACAUUGACUGCAGUGAUGCUCUGACAGACAGUGAUCCCAAUGUAAAGCUUACUGCUCAGCACCGCAGUAGAAGACCUCUGACAGGUGGUAGAAGUGGCAUUUGCUGGCCCACCUUUGCCUCCAGCCAUAACUUGGCACCUGGUCACCCGAAUGCAGGAAUAAUGAGCUAUAAUGCGAUCAGUGGCCUUAUGACCGUGGAAGAUACAACAUUUGUAGGCUACAAACCUGUGUGUUCUGGACAAUCCAAUGUAAUGUUCAUAACAAACCCAGAAAAUGAAGAUUUGCAGCACCCAGUGGAAGUCUCCAGAAUAACAGUGUUGGACAGUUCAGAGAAUCAGACAGUCUUUGUCCAUCGGCCAGAUGUAUCCAAAGCCAACCCCUCGGACUGCGUGGAUAUGACCUGCGAUGCUAAAAGGAAGACACUGUUGAAAGACCGUGAUGGUUCUUUCCUUGGUAACAUUGGUGCUGUAGUCCCACAAUCAGAAUACCAGUGGAAUGGAGACACGAGGUACGGUCUUGGAGACUACAGAAUCCCUAAAGUCAUGCUGACUGCCUUAAAUGGAAGUCGAAUCCCUGUGUCACAGGUGGCACCAUACAAAGGGGUUAUCAGGGAUAACACAUGUGUAUACAUGCCAACCUGGGAGAGCUACAAAUGCAGCGGCCUGAACUAUGAGAUGCUUGUUGUUGAGAGUCUUGAUGCUGACACUGAGACACGACGCCUCUCACCCGUGGCUGUUCUGGCGGAUGGCUAUCUUGACCUUAUCAAUGGACCCCAAGACCAUGGCUGGUGUUCUGGAUACACAUGUCAGAAGAGAGUCUCCUUGUUUCACGCUGUAGUGGCUACAAACAAGUCAUACCAGGUUUUCUUUACCAGCACAAGCCCCCAGAAACUCCGGCUGCAACUGCUUAACACAGAAAACACAAAAUCUGUCAUCGUGGGAAUCUAUUACUCAAAUCCUCAGAGAUUGGAUGUCUAUGUUAAUAAUGAGUAUGUAAGUCCUACAAAUAUACAAUGGAAGGGAUCAGACUACACUGUGCAGGCACCUACCUAUCAGGGACAAUACAUGCCGAAGCUCAACUCAACGGUUAUGGGAGAAAACUACUUUGACAAAGACUAUAACAUGCUGUACAUCCUGGUCAGAGGAUCCACUCCAGUUGAAAUACGCACAUCUCCUCUCAUUGUUAUUUCAUUCAAUAUGCCGGCUAUGACUGAGGAUCAGUUUUAUGGUGCAAAUCUUGUCCAGAACCUUGCAAUUUUCUUGAAGAUCCCAGCAAGCAAAAUUCGUAUUACAAAGAUAAUUAGGGAGGGUUCCAGCCGCAGAAAGAGGGCCACGGGAGGAAUAUCUGUAUCAGUAGAGAUUUCUGACCCACCAGUCCAACAAACCAACUCUUCUUCUUCUAAUGCAACAGAUGGAUUGACAUUCACAGAUUUUCAGACUAUUAGCCAAAACCUGGCAUCUGCCGCCAUUAAUGGAAGCCUCAGCUCUCAGUUGAACGUCACAGUGUCAUCGCUGUCUGUUUCUCAACCUGUCCCAUCUCCUAGUGAUCCUGCCUGGAGUCAGGUGGCAGCUCAGGAAGUUAAUAGAACCCAGGAAUCUACUGGAAGCUAUUUAGCUACUGUAUCUGCACUUAAAGUCAUCCAAGAACCUGUGGCUGGAAUCCCUGGAGAAAGGCUUUCCCAGCAGCCAUCUGUAAUGGCUGUAGAUUCCAACGGAAAUUGUGUCUCUGUAAGUGUAAGUUCAAUGACACUGACAGCAACCCUGAAAUACUCCAAUGGAAGCACUGUCAGCAAUGGAUUGAAAGGAAACGUGACCGUCGCAUUUGAUAGCUGUUGGGCCAACUUCACCGACAUUGUUCUCCUGCUGCCAGGAAAGGGAUACAAGCUUGAUUUUGUGCUAAAUAAUGUCAAUGUACAGACAAGAUCAUUUGAUGCCAAAACUGCAACAGUCACCACAGCCACUUCCAGAACCACCACAACCACCACUUCCAGAACCACCACUUCUAGUUCUGAUAACUCAGAUGCUGCAAUCGCCAUACACAGUCCGUUCCAAGCAUUUAUAACUCUGAUCAUCACAUUGUUUACCCUGAAUCUAUUAAUGUAGACGUUGUAAAGAUUGAUACACAGAUAAGAACAUUUCCAGAAGACUGAACAUUAUGGCCAAUGGUGGCAUUUCAGAUACUUUAUCUCUAAAAUUGUAUUGUUAGCUAUGUGGUGUGAUGAAAUCAUUAUAAAUUAUCUCUUUAUUUAAAAAGCUAAAUCAAAUGAAGAACUAGAUCAUAAUUUUUCUUCUUCUUUCUGUAAAUAAUUUUUUUUUUAAACUGCAGCAAUACUUUUCUAUACAUAAGAAGGGCAAGGGAAUUACAAUUGUCCUUUUUUUCUAGAAAUAAUCAAUUAGUAGGAUUUACCGUGAUAAUUGCACUAGUAAAUUAGGCAUGUAUAAGGUAAAAUGGGGAGUCAUAAAAAGGAAAACUGAAAGAAGAAAUAUAUGUGGCAGCGAAUCAUUGGAUACAACCCUUCACCUACUGAAUGCAGUAACUAUAACCCAGGUUAGGAAAUCUGGGUUCCGGAUGUAUAAAACAGUACAAAGCUAGCAGAUUUAGGAAAGGACUCAGAUCACUGGAAAUGUGUUUGCAUUGCAGCAGUUUUAUGACAUUGUGGUUUAUUUUAUUACAGAUUUAGUUUUCUCAGUUAAAAGUGGGAGAAUUGUUUUGGAAAAAAGUUUUAAAAUUGCAAACUUAAGAAUAGGCGUGGUAAAUAUUGUGUGACCAUGAAUUUUGCUGCAGAUUCACAGUGGAUUUUAAUUUUCCUACAUUGAAAGUUGUGAUACCCAGAAAGUUGUGAUGCUCAAAAUUUUUAAAAUCUGGACUACAAGUAAAUUUUGAAGCAGAAACAUUUCUUUAGCAUUUAGAUGAGAUUUGCUCAGUACUGUAUUCAAAUAAAAGCUGUA